AUGGUUGAGGAAAAUGAAACAUCGCAUAGCGAGAUGCAGGAAGCACUGGCUUCACCAGCGGAAACAACGCCACCAUUGAAAAAGCAGAAACAAGCUUCCGCUGCCGCAAAUAACAAAACGAGUGAAACACGGCGAUUGGCUCAGGCCUCACGGACACUCAAGGCGUGCGAAUUGUGCCGCAAGCAGAAAACGCGGUGUUUCAGGUCUCCGGAGAACCCAAACUCGUGCUUGAGGUGCCGAUUCAUUAGUAAAGUUUGCUCGUUUGAAGACGAAGCUUCGAAAGAAGCGGACGGCUUGAGAAGCUCUUCGGAUACUGCGGUGGAUUUUAACAACAACACUGGGAACAACACAAUCAACGGAAAUGGGGACAAGUUGGAUAUGAUCUGGAAUGGCGUACAAGAACUCAUCCGAAUAUGCAAAGGGAAUCAAGCAUUGCGCGAAAUGAUCGGCCGUGAUUCUCGGUUAUCUUUCGGUGCUGGUGGUACACUAAUACCGAAGAAUAAUGGUGGUGGUGGUGGUUCCAGUGUUCAUUCAAGAUCCAACUCAAUGUUGCCGAUUGGAGAUAUGGACCAAAACGCACCAAUUUUUCAAGCUUCUUCAUCGACGUUGAAAACUUCUCCGUUUGCUAUUGUGAAUCGAGAAUGCGAGUUUAAACCCAUGAGCGUUAACCCUACUCCUAUAACUAGCUUGUUCACGUCGGCUCGCACUGAACGAGGCGGGCCUAGCCACAAUAGUCUACUAGACUUGGGCAUUUUGACCGAGGCUGAAGUUGUUGACUUGAUUGAAGAUUUCAGAAGAAAUUAUGGCCGUUGGGUUUCGUUUCCUGCGUCGCGGGCCACUGAGGAGUUGGUGCUUGAUUUGAAAUACAAGUCUCCAUUGUUGCUCACCACGUGUUGCUGUAUGAGUAUACGAUAUUCGAUUCACGAUGAUGAAGUCAACACGGAGAAAUUCCGGCAAAUGAUUAGAGUGUUGAUCCACGAUUUGAAUCAAGCGUUUUUGAAAUACACUUGUUUCACGGAUAACGAGUAUGGGUUGGUGGAGUUUUUGCAGAGCUUGGUAGUGCUUAGUAUCUAUGCAACUUCAAUGUCGGCCCUAGUUGCUAGUGUUGCUCAGUCGGAUGAAGAUCCCGAGCUUGUGGGGUUUAAUUUGGACCCGUGGCAAUUAUCGAGUGUCGGUAUCACUACCUUCUUGACCAAAUCGACUUUUCAACUAUUUAAAACCACCGAGAGUUCCGCAAGCGGUGGUGGCAGUGGCAGUGGCAGUGGCAAUGGUAAUGGUGGUGUUGGGGUUAGUAGCAGUAGUAAUCUAGGGAGAGGUGCACCGUCACCUCACGCUGCUAGCCCAGCCAUGGGACAAUAUGAGACGCUAACUAUACUACGAAUCUAUAACCAUUUAUGUUUGGUGCACAUGGUAAACUCGGUCUUUUCCGGAAGAAUGGCCGUGUUGGACGACGCUAGGAUCAGGUAUUGUAGCUCAGCAUUGAGUUUAUUCAACGCCACCAACUUCGACGGCAGAAUGGUUGCCGAAGUAGGAGUUCUACAAACAGCCUACAAGUACCUUCAACUUGGCAACGACGAGUCGCUCAAGAGACUGCCUUCACUAAUGGAAGCCGAUUUCCAAAUCGUGCUCAAGGAUAUGGCCGAAUGGCAUCAAAACUGGGACUAUUUGCUUCAACAACCGGCAUUGCAAUUCAUUGAGUACACAUAUAACUUUUGUUCAAUGUUGAUCUACUACUUCCGCUUAUUUCAGAGAACCGAAACCGAGGCAAACGAUGCUGGUAAAAAAAAAAUGAUGGACUUGACUAAUGCUAACCAAGUCUUAUCCCAGGCUCUGGUUGAAGAGUUGGUCAAGAUGUACCUGCAUUCCCAGGCGGUGAUUUUCCACAUCAAUGCCAUAAACAACGAUCUGUACGUUGCCUAUUUAUCCGACCAGAUCCACUUUUGUGCCUACUACUGCGGCAUGAUAUAUAUCAAAGUCGCGGCGUUGUUGGUGGAAAAGGGACAACUGAGCUCACUUUUGGAAGCAAAGGAGUUGACGACGAAAGCCGGCCGCAAUAAAGUGCUCAAGACUGUUGAGCUCUUGACUGAUAAGUUUAGUCGAAUCAUCAUGAAAGAAGGCGAAGAUAUCAUCUCCAAAUUCGCCAACAGCUUGGAUUUUUGCCUACAAGAAGUGUCCCAUGUUUUUCUAUACUAG